CAACCCCCCUCUCUCUCCCAGGGAGUUAUGUCUUUACCUUCCUUCUAUAAUCCCCACAUCCAAAAUUUACAUAUAUCCCCACCUAGCUAGCUACAUAAAUCUAUAUCUAUAUAUGAAUAAGUGAUUAUAUAUCAUGGCUGACCCAAAUCCAAAUCCAAACACUUCCAAUAUCGUGCAUCAAACGUUAGACCAAUCCACACCCACCUAUCCACAUCUAGUAGUGUUCCCCCUUGACUUUCACCCUCCUCCACCGCACCAAGUCCUCCCACAUUCUCUUCUUCCUCUCCACCACCAGACGUGUGAAACUAUUGAAAUGCCCUCUCCCUCCGCUAGGGCACCACUACAAGUUCAAACACUACCAAAACUUGCUACCAUGGCCUCAAGCUCUUCCGGGAAGCACCCCAGGUACCGCGGCAUCAGGUGUAGGGGAGGAAAAUGGGUAUCUGAAAUCCGAGAACCACGGAAGACCAAGCGUAUUUGGCUUGGCACUUUCCCAACUCCGGAGAUGGCUGCAGCCGCGUAUGAUGUGGCCGCACUUACACUCAAAGGUACCGAUGUUGCUCUCAACUUUCCUAGUUUAAUUGGAUCGUAUCCAGUGCCACCGUCCACAUCGGCACUUGAUAUUCGUACUGCCGCCACUACUGCAGCAGCAGCGCUACGAAAUAAUAGUGACCAGAUGGAGAGUCCAAAAAUGGGACAGAUGCAGAAACACGAGGUUGAUGAUAUGAUGAUGAGUAGUACAAGUUUGGCUUCUUCUGUAGGAUACUUUAUGGACGAGGAAGAGCUUUUCCAAAUGCCGAAUUUGCUGGUGGACAUGGCAGAGGGAAUGCUGGUGUCUCCGCCGAGAAUGAACGACUCUCCACCGUCUGAUUAUGAUGACUUGCCGGGAAAUUCAGACGGAAGAGAAGGUCGUCUGUGGAGCUAUUAGUGAUUAUGCAGCUCACACCCUAAAUUAAUUCACGCUCAAAAAUAAAGAUAAUUAUAACAUGAAAAAGGAAACAGAAAAAGAGAGAAUUAUAUAUGUAGAAGGCGUGCGUACCUCGGAGGAUGUAAAUAACAACACGAUCGAUGGCAUGGUUAGAGGGUAUGAUACUUAUCAACCAGGCAGAGGUCAAAUUUUAAAACUGAGGCAGGUAGUGAAGUGAGUUCAUGAGUUUGGGGUCUUUUGCUUAGUUAUGAUUUAUGAGUGCAUGUACAAUUGUUGUGCGAGGACUUUGAUAUUUUUCUUCGUUCUUUUCUUUUUCUUUUGUAUUAUUAAGAUUGUGCGGUUUCCUUCUGAAUUACUGCUUAAUUUUAUGUGAGUUCUUCCUAUCUU